ACCGCAGACAUCAUUUCUACUACAGUGGAGGAGCCGUACAGGACCUGUUUCACUGCAGGGGGAAUCCAAAACAAGCCCUGUGGAGCCGCAGCUAGAGCUACAGCAGCCGCAGGACACUGUGUCUCUCCCUCUGUCCCCCCUUCCCCACGCAACCCCAGAUCCAUUUACACUUUACAAUUGCAGCGUCCUGGAACGAAAUGAAAGGAUCUGUGUUGAAACGGCUAAAGUAGGGUUGCAGUAGACCCUGCGUAAAACAGAGUGGACUCCAGCCUUCACGAAUGAGCUUGAAGCAGGAAUGGUUCUGGGUUCAGGCCUCUUCCACUGAACUUCGCUACUGCCACCCUUUCUACACAAGCAAAAUCUUCAAGGAAAGAUCUCCCAGGAAGGAAGUGGUUGCUUGUGGCUUUGCACUGUGAUGAAGGCAAAUGGUACAGGGGAAGCAGAAGCAGAAGGGUCAGAAGUUCAAGGUCAUCUUCAGCCAGACAGCAAGUUUUUUCCAAAGAAAAUAGACCAAAACUUUCUUCUUGAGAAGAAACGAACCUACUGUUGGCAGAGGGUAUCUCUAACCUCUCUGUGAAAGAAAGAAAGACAACACCAGAGCCUGGGCCUCCCAGCUGCUGAGGGAAGUUUCCAUGGUGAAGUCUCGGGGAGGCUUCCUGGGAGCAGAACAUAGUGAAUGCUGUGUUGGGGGAGCCUGGCUGUGACUCACACCCAUCCAGUUUGGCGGUCGAUGUCAGAGUUGCUUGCUCAGUGCAUCAAAGAAUCCGGAGCUGCUACUGCCAGCCUAGAGAACCCACGGGGAGAUGAUUCCUCAUGAAGGGCCUGGAUCCCCUACAGAAAUCCAAUGUGACUCUCUGUUUAUCAGACUAAAACCAGAGCCAGCCAGACAGUGAGGCAGCCACCGUGGAGGGGGGACGGCGAAAAAUGAAAUCCAACCAAGAACGGAGCAAUGAAUGCCUGCCUCCCAAGAAACGAGAGAUCCCCGCCACCAGCCGGCCCUCUGAGGAGAAGGCCACUGCUCUGCCCAGCGACAACCACUGCGUGGAGGGCGUGGCGUGGCUCCCCAGCACCCCUGGCAGCCGUGGCCAUGGGAGUGGGCGGCAUGGGCCAGCAGGGACUUCCGGGGAGCAUGGUUUACAAGGAAUGGGUUUACAUAAAGCACUGUCCGCAGGGCUGGAUUACUCCCCACCCAGUGCCCCCAGGUCAGUCCCCACAGCCAACACGCUGCCCACCGUGUACCCUCCUCCUCAGUCAGGGACCCCGGUGUCUCCUGUGCAGUACGCCCACCUCUCGCAUACCUUCCAGUUCAUUGGGUCCUCCCAAUACAGUGGGCCUUACGCGGGCUUUAUCCCUUCCCAGCUGAUCUCCCCGUCUGGCAACCCAGUCACCAGUGCGGUGGCCUCCGCUGCAGGGGCCACCACUCCCUCACAGCGCUCCCAGCUGGAGGCCUAUUCCACCCUGCUGGCCAACAUGGGCAGUCUGAGCCAGGCACCAGGACAUAAGGUCGAGCCCGCUCCACAGCAGCAUCUCAGCAGGGCAGCGGGAUUAGUCAACCCGGGGUCCCCUCCACCCACCCAGCAGAACCAGUACAUUCAUAUUUCCAGCUCUCCACAGAGCUCCGGGCGGGCAGCAUCUCCUCCACCCAUCCCGGUCCACCUCCAUCCCCAUCAGACGAUGAUCCCGCACACGCUCACCCUGGGGCCUUCAUCCCAGGUGGUUGUACAGUACAGUGACGCCGCCGCCGCCGCCGCCGGAGGCCACUUUGUUCCUCGAGAGUCCACCAAAAAAGCAGAGAGCAGCAGGUUGCAGCAGGCUAUGCAAGCCAAGGAGGUCCUGAAUGGAGAGAUGGAGAAGAACCGGAGGUACGGGCCGUCAUCGUCUGUGGAGCUGAGCCUGGGAAAGGCAAGCAACAAGUCAGUGCCUCAUCCCUACGAGUCCAGGCACGUGGUGGUCCACCCAAGCCCAGCAGACUACAGCAAUCGCGAUACCUCCGGGGUCCGUGGAUCUGUGAUGGUCCUGCCCAAUAGCAGCACGUCCUCAGUCGACCUGGAGGCACAGCAGGCCACGCAUCGAGAGGCCUCCCCGUCCACCCUCAAUGACAAGAGCGGCCUGCACCUAGGGAAACCCGGCCACAGGUCCUAUGCGCUGUCCCCCCACACGGUCAUCCAGACCACACACAGUGCAUCAGAGCCUCUCCCGGUGGGCCUCCCCGCCACGGCCUUCUACGCUGGUACUCAACCUCCUGUCAUCGGCUACCUGAGCGGCCAGCAGCAAGCAAUCACCUACGCUGGCGGCCUGCCGCAGCACCUGGUGAUCCCGGGUACCCAGCCCCUGCUCAUCCCAGUCGGCAGCCCUGACAUGGACACACCCGGGGCAGCCUCGGCCAUAGUGACGUCAUCACCCCAGUUCGCUGCAGUACCUCACACGUUUGUCACCACCGCCCUGCCCAAGAGCGAGAACUUCAACCCGGAGGCUCUGGUCACCCAGGCUGCCUACCCAGCCAUGGUGCAGGCCCAGAUCCACCUGCCGGUGGUGCAGUCCGUGGCAUCCCCCGCCACGGCGUCACCCACGCUGCCGCCCUAUUUCAUGAAAGGCUCCAUCAUCCAGCUGGCCAACGGGGAGCUGAAGAAGGUGGAGGACCUGAAGACGGAGGAUUUCAUCCAGAGUGCGGAGAUUAGCAAUGACCUCAAGAUCGACUCCAGUACUGUGGAGAGAAUCGAGGACAGCCGCAGCCCGGGUGUGGCCGUGAUACAAUUUGCUGUUGGUGAACACCGAGCCCAGGUCAGUGUCGAAGUUUUGGUAGAGUAUCCUUUUUUUGUAUUUGGACAGGGCUGGUCAUCCUGCUGUCCUGAGCGGACCAGCCAGCUCUUUGAUCUGCCGUGUUCCAAACUCUCCGUUGGGGACGUCUGCAUCUCGCUCACCCUCAAGAACCUGAAGAAUGGCUCUGUUAAAAAGGGCCAGCCUGUGGACCCUGCCAGCGUCCUGCUGAAGCACACGAAGACCGACAGCCUGGCUGGCAGCAGACACAGAUACGCCGAGCAGGAGAACGGAAUCAACCAGGGAAGCGCCCAGGUGCUCUCUGAGAACGGCGAACUGAAGUUUCCAGAAAGAGUAGGAUUGCCCGCAGCACCCUUCCUCAGCAAAAUAGAACCGAGCAAGCCCACGGCCACGAGGAAGAGGAGGUGGUCAGCGCCAGAGACCCGCAAACUGGAGAAGUCGGAGGACGAGCCGCCUUUGACUCUUCCGAAGCCUUCGCUCAUUCCUCAGGAGGUUAAGAUCUGCAUCGAAGGCCGAUCUAACGUGGGCAAGUAGAGACUGCGGGCAGCGGGGGGCCGGGGCCUCCUGUGCUGUCUGUAUCCAGAUUACUGUACUGUAGGCUAAAUAACACAGUAUUUACAUGUUAUCCUCUUUAGGUUUGUAUUCUAACCUUGUCAUUAGAGUCAAACAGGUGUGUCGCAGGAGACUGGUGCAUUGGCACUGGCUGCGAGUGUCUGCUGAGGAGCUGGCAGGUGGAGGGCGGUCAGAACCGUGGCUGUGCAGCUCCGGGGCAUCCUAGGUGACCCUGAAUGUGGCUUCAGCAGCACCUGCCUUCUCCGGCAGCACAGAGUUGAGGGGCAUCAGUUCCCACUGGUCUCAAGAGCAAACACAGUGGGAAGUAACCUGCAAGGGUGUGCCUGGGUGUGUCCCUUGUGAAGGGGUAUGCGGGUGCCAUGGCGGUGAGGGAGGGUCUCUCUUUCUCUGCCUCCUUCUCCCUCACUUGCUCCCUCUCAGCAUGGGAUUGGGGGACCUGGGUUUCCUGCAUUCAAAGUCAUCAGGAUCCCCCGCUUCCAGGCAUUGUACGGAGGCAUCGGACGGCAGAUGGGAAACUAGUUUCAAAGAACGUGGUUCUCUCCAACAUAUUUUACAAUAAAAAGCAACUUUUAAUCAUAGAUAGAUAGAUAUAUAUAUUUCCCCCCAUGGGGCCUGACUGCACUGAGUUUUUUGUUUUGUUUUGUUGGGGUUUUUUUUUUGUUUUGUUUGUUUUUUAAAAGCAGCUGCCACUAGCAGGAUUUCAUUUCUGCUUUACUGGUCCAGUGACAUCACCAGUUGUCAUGGUGGGCAGGGAAAUCCUUGCUCGGGCCACUCCUGGUCAGGCCGGUAGCAGUAGGAUUGGGGGACAGAGGGAGCACCCACACUGGUUUCUGGGCAGUGUUAGGAAAACCAAUCAGGUUAUUUGCAUUGACUUUUGCUCCUGAGAGGAAAAUGCAAGACCCCCUCCCCCUUCCCGAGAGAGCCAGGGUAGCUCUCCCAGCUGGGCUGGCAGCCUCUCUUUUCUAUCUUUUAGGUCUAGUACUGUUCAUGACUAUGGGCAACUCGGGUGCCACUUUUUUUUUCUUUUCCUCAAUCCCAGUGCGACAUGAGGAAUUCGAUCUGGAAGAUGUUAGUCUGUUACUAUCUCGUUAACAGUUAAAAAUGCUGUACAGGCUUCUAAACCAAGCAUCUUGGUCUGUCAUUCAGCAAGUACUGUAUCUCACUUUUGACUCUUUGGGGGGGG